AAUUGUUCGAUAAAGGUAAAGGGGCGUACAUAGUCACUUUUAGGUAUGCAGGUGGCUAGAUCUAAGCAGAUUGAAAUAUAAUACCUUUGACAGAAGCGAUACAGAUCUAUUCAUUGGCAUUUGAUAUUUAAAACAAUCAGAAAUUGCCAGUUUUGGUAGUCUGACACAAUGAUGUGCACUACAAAGAUGCUACCACUUAUGAUGUUAACAGAGAUGUUCUUACAACCAUCAUAUGCCCAAGGUAUCCCAGUAGUACAAAUUUUACAAUCUUCAUACCAAGUAAAUUUUGGCAGUUCUAGAGUUUUGGAGUGUACAGUUAGUUCAAACCCCGCCCACUCAACUGUACAGUGGCAGAAAUUAGUCAACAAUCAAUUUCAGCCAAUCAACUUUGCCAAUAAUAAAUAUGAGGGAUCUUCUGUUUCCAUUCCAUCUUUAACAGUUAAUUCAGCUGACUUAAAUGAUGAAGGAUUUUACAUUUGCACAGCUACUAAUAGCUUAGGAAUUGGACAGAGUUCCCAGACCUUCUUAGAUGUCAUUGGAAAUAUUUUAACUGUUACAAUUCAGCAGUCACAAUAUUCUGUUACGAUUGGUCAGACAGUAACCCUGGGAUGCACCGUGACUGGUUCCCCUGCUGCUACCAAUGUCUAUUGGCAGAAAACAGUAAAUAAUGUUGUUACAACCAUUAGUAGUAACACCAACACAAAUAAGUAUAGUGGCUCCAUUGUAAGCACACCAUCACUGACCAUUGUCAAUGCUGACCAGAGUGAUGAAGCAACCUACGUCUGCUUUGCUACCAAUGGUGUUGGACUUGGUCAGAGUACACAAACUUUCUUGGACGUUACUGGAAAUGCACCAUCUGUACAAGUUCAGCAGCCUCAGUACAAUUCAAACUUUGGUUCAACUGUCACUUUGGUAUGUACUGUUACCGCCAACCCUGCUCAUACAACUGUACAAUGGCAGCGUGUCAUCAAUAGCCAGAGAAGUAACAUCAAUGUAGGUCUUGCCAAAUACACAGGAUCUACAGUCGGUACGCCAUCACUGACCAUCAACAAUGUGGAACUUAGUGAUGAAGGCAACUACGUCUGUACAGCCACUAAUAGUAUUGGUACAGGAGAGAGCACACAAACAUUCUUGGAUGUUGUUGGCAAUUUACCAAAUGUGGUUGUUACUCUGCAACAAUAUAAUGUUGAUAUUGGAUCCACUGUCACACUUGGAUGCACAGUAACCGCCAGUCCUACUCACACCGUGGUGUAUUGGCAGAGAAUUGGUAAUAAUAAUGUAGGAACCACUGUUGACAUGAACAAUAUUAAGUACAGUGGUUCUACUGUCAACAGUCCAUCACUGACAAUCAAUAAUGCUGCUUUAAGUGACGAAGGAAGCUACAGAUGUUAUGCCACUAACAGUAUUGGUCUUGGACAGAGUCAAAAUACUUUCUUAGAUGUUGUUGGCACUGUGCCAACAGUUCAAGUUCAACAACCAUCCUAUUCAGUCACCACUGGAGGUUCUGUGACCUUGGGAUGUACUGUGACAUCUAACCUUGCUGUCACUGAUGUUUACUGGCAAAGAAAUGUUGGUAGUAGCAUAUUAACAAUUAGAUCCACAACCAACACCAACAAAUAUAGUGGCAUUACUACUGGUACACCAUCUCUGACUAUUUUUAAUGCAGACCAAAAUGAUGUAGCAACUUACACAUGUUUUGCCAGCAACAGUGUAGGAACUGGACAGAGUACAACCACUCAACUGUCUGUUACAGGAACUGUUUCAACAGUUCAGGUUCAACAACCCUCAUAUUCAGUCACCACUGGUAGCUCUGUGACCUUGGUGUGUACUGUGACAUCUACACUCACUGUCAACAACGUUUACUGGCAAAGAAAUAAUGGUGGAGGCACAACACAAAUUUCAACAAACACGAACAAAUAUAGUGGCAGUAUUCCUGGCACACCAUCUCUGACUAUCUUUAAUGCAAACCAAAGUGAUGUAGGAACUUACACAUGUUUUGCCACCAACAGUGUGGGAACUGGACAGAGUACAACUACUACACUGUCUGUUACAGGAACUGUUCCAACAGUUCAAGUUCAACAACCCUCAUAUUCAGUCACCACUGGUAGCUCUGUGACCUUGGCGUGUACUGUGACAUCUACACUCACUGUCAACAAUGUUUACUGGCAAAGAAAUAAUGGUGGAGGCACAACACAAAUUUCAACAAACACGAACAAAUAUAGUGGCAGUAUUCCUGGCACACCAUCUCUGACUAUCUUUAAUGCAGACCAAAGUGAUGUGGCAACUUACACAUGUUUUGCCAGCAACAGUGUGGGAACUGGACAGAGUACAACAACUCAACUGUCUGUUAUAGGAACUCCACCUACUGUAAUUGUACCACAGCCAUCAUAUUCCAUUACAAUUGGGGAUUCUAUCACUUUAGUUUGCAAUGUAACCUCCAACCUCCCUGUCACAUCGGUACAAUGGGAAAGAAAUAUUGGUGGUUCAGUAACCACUAUAACAAGCACAACCAACACAAAUAAAUACAGUGGUAGUACUCCUACUACUCCAUCUCUGACAAUAUUUAAUGGAGCACAAAGUAACUCUGGAGAUUAUACAUGUUUUGCUACCAACAGUGUUGGAACAGGACAAAGUACAGGGACAACACUAUCUGUAACAGGAAAUGCACCUGUAGUCACCAUUACCCAGCCUUCAUACUCAGUUAACUUCGGCGGAACAAUUACUAUUACGUGUACAAUAUCAGCCGAUCCUGCACACAAUACUGUGUAUUGGCAAAAAGUUGGUGUUUCCCAAUCAGUCACAAUUGGUAACAGAUAUACUGGAUCAACCGUUUCAAUUCCUUCUCUUACUAUCUCCAAUGCUCUCCACAGUGACGAAGGAUUCUAUGUAUGCUAUGCUACGAAUAGUGUUGGCACAGGAAACAGCCAGCAAACUUUCUUGGAUGUUCAAGGAAUAUUGUAAGUUUGAGACUUCCAUUGGCCAUAAUCACAGAGAUAUGAACGACUAUUUCACAUUAUAAACUUAUUCUUUAUCUUUCCUAACCUAUACUUUUUCUUUGAGACCAUCAGGUUCUAAAGUAUGGAACUUGUGGAUCCAAAACUGUUCUCUUCUUAAUAUAAAUAUAUAUUGUUCAUUAAUAGAUGCAUGAAUCAAUACAAUAUUUUGUUUUUGGUUCUUUAGCUUAAUGCAUGAUAAUAUUUUUACUGCUUCAGCUUAGUGCAUACAUAUAAUGUUUUGGUGCUUUAGCUUAGAACAUUAAUAUUUUGUAUGUGUGCUGUAGCUUAAAACAUAUAUAACUUAUAUGCUUCUUAGUUUGAAUUCUUUGAAAUGUAUAUGGAUUGUGUAUUACGUAUUGCUAUAUGUAUGAUUUUAAAAUGAGUAUAUUUAUCUCUACUGUGCAUAAUAUGUUAUAUAUGUGUGAUAUGCAUUAAUGUGAAGUAUCUACCUCAGUUUUAAAAGCUCUCAUGAUAUGUGUGUGUAUGGUUUUAUAUUUAGGUACAGAGGGUAUAUAAAGAUUUGGUUCGAUUCUAUUAUUUCUUUUAGAAAGAAGAGUUCCUGAUAGAUAAUUUGUUCUUGCUUCCAGGUAAAAAACUCAAUCGGGAAAAAAAUGUUUUUUAAAAGUAUUUUAAGUUACGUUUAAUCUAUCUAAAUUGUUUCAAAAUAGAAUCAAUUGCUUGUUAUAAUCUUAAAAGGGACAUGUAUUAUAAGCUUUUUUUUUUUUAUUUGAGUUAGGUAUGUCUUUUUGUUGUCUUUCGCCACUCUUUCACAUCAACACCAACAGUGGCAGUACUUUCGGCAAACGUACCUUAGCAUAUGCAGCACAAAGGCAUGAAGGAAAUUACUCAU